CAUGAUUGGAAGUAAAUUCUGAUUUUAAAAAAUUUGGAUGUGAUUGUACUUCAAUAUGGCGAACCGCGACAAAGGACGCAAAAAGUGGGGAGAAUUUUUACAAGAUAAUUCAAAAUUAGAAGAGGAUAGGUCAAUAGGAAUGAAAGGUGGAGGAAAUAGAGCACCUCAAGCUUUAUAUAGGCCAGGAAGUGGACCUCUUCGAAAAUCAGGAAGAUCUACAGAUGAUCUACAUAAUGAAAAUAUCUCACGGGAGAAACCUAAAUCCAGCUCCGUCCAACAUCGUUUAAAACAGUCACAACUCAAUAAAUCCAACCAAAAUCAAAAUAAUCCACCAUCAUCUCAAGUUGAAAAUGUAACAGAAAAAUUGAAUGAUCUAAAUAUUAACUACAGAAGCAUUACAAACAUUGAACAGGCACAAGGUUCUUCUCAAAAUAGUAAUUCUGGAGAUUCAAGAAGGAAAACUAAGAAACCAGAACAGCUAUUAUAUGUACCUAAAAAAGUAAAAGAAGCAUUGGCUGAACAAGAUGUAACAAAUAGAUCUCCCAGUCAAGGAGGUUGGGAACAGGAUCAAGAGAGAGAGCAUAGUGAAGAUCGUGAUUCUCAUUCCAAUCGUAGUCAUAAAAGUGAUAGUCAACGUAAUCGAUUAAGUGGUCAUGGUAGAAGAGAUAGCGAAAGUGGAAGUAAAAACCGAGAUGAGCAUGAUAAAAGAUAUUCAGGUAAUCGAAGAACUCGGCAUGGUAAUGAAAAUGAAGAGCGUUGGCGAUCUGAUUCUCCUUUAUCUAGCAGAGGUUAUGGAAAUAGGAAAGAUAGUUCUCGUGAAGUUAGACAGGGUUCAGAACCUCUUUUUGCAACAACGAAUCACUUAAAUGAUUUCAAUCGUACUAGAGAUACACGUAGUGUAGAACCUGCUGGACAUCCAGAAAAGUUUCAAGGCAAACCACCAUCAGGCAAAUGGGGUGGUACUAAAGAUAGUUUGCCAAAAAAUAUAAAAAUAGAACACUUACCGCCUAGAUUUCAGAAAAAAUACCUUUUGGAUAAUGGUUUGCCCUUACCACCAAGUUCCUCACCAUCUGAAGAUACAUGGAAUAGCAAUAGUGCUUCAUUUCAGGCACCAUCAAACUAUAAUUUUCCACCUGCAAUGCAACAUUCACAAACGAUGCAAAGUUUACCUCCAUCUGGUCCAUUACCUCCACAAACUAGCUGGUCUAAUACAGCACCACCACGAGCUAGAGGUAGAGGUAGACUUAGACCAGAAGAUUUAGAAAGUUCAACAAACGUUUUUAGGUGUGUUACACCUGAUCAGUAUUCAGCUCCAAGUUCCAGAUCUCAUACACCAAGCCAAGAAUUUAUGCAAAGUAGAUCUUACGAUCGUCGUGGCAGUAAUAGUACUAUGUAUACUAGUAUGGAAAGUUUAAGUCGAGUAGAUAGUUCAAUGAUACCACCACCAUCAUCAGCAUCACCCGUUACCUCUAUGUCCAGUGUAAACAAACGUCAAAUUUCGCCAGAGAGUCAUCGUCGAGGAAUAUCUCCAUCUCCAGCUUUUCAUCGCACUCAAACGCAACGGUGUAGCAAUACAUCUGAGCGUAAUACAAUACAAGAAAAAAAGAAUGGUCAACAAAAUUCAGGUGUCAGUUCAUCAAAAGGUGAAUCUAUCAACACUGCAUUAAAUAUAUCGGCUGAAUAUCCAUUUGAUUGGAGUGAAGACGUUGAAUUAAGUGAGAAGCUAGAAGCUGAGCGUGCAAGUCGUAGUUCAUCUGUAUUGAGUUUACGUGAAAAUGUUAAUGUGUCAGGAAAUGAAACUACAACAAGUAGUCAUAGUCGACGUAAAAAAAAAAGGCGUGAGAAGAAACACGCGGCAGAUCGAGGGAGGAGUAAUAGCAGAGAUAAAGCUCGUGUUAAUAGUCGUGAUCGGCAAAAUAAUCAACAAAAUAGAGAAAAUGAAAACUAUAACAAUAAUCAAAAAAACAGUAACAGUAGUAGGAGAUAUGACCACAAAAGACACCGUAAUAUUAUACAACGUAGUCGAGAAUCUAGCAAAGAUAGAAGUUAUCGUGGUGGUAAUCGAAACUUUGAUGACCUACAUCGACAUAGAGCGUCCGAUCGAUAUCUAGAUGAAAAUUGGAGAACAGGUAGAAAAAUGUCAGUUUGUGAUUCUGACGAUGGUCGACAAACACCUAGCGUUUCUUCACAUUCUGUCUCGUUAGCAAAUACUUUGACAGUACAUCAAACAUCACCUACUGGAUAUACUAGUUCUCAACCACCGGGUGUUUUAGUGUUACCUGAUACUAGCCAAUCUCCGCCUAAUCAUCAAACUUCGAGGCAACAAGGAGUGCAACAACAAAGAACGUUAUUUGAUCCCAAUAAUCCUAAUAAACCAAUCGUUAUUAUCUCUCCUAGUAGUAGAGCAGCAGUACAAAGAGAAAGUGAAACUACAUCUCAAGGUUCAAGUAUACCAGUGUUUCAAUCCCAUGGGGGUAUUAGCUCUACUCAUCAUAACUUCCAGGGAACGCAUUUGGAUGGCGUGCCACCACCAUACAUGACAAAUGACCAAUUUGGAAAUAUAAGACCUUCAUGGUAUGAUCCUUACUCCGAUAGUUUUCGAAUAGCUAAAAAUCCUUACUUACUCUUGGAUAUAGAACGUGCUGAUUUAGAAUUGCAGUGGAUACUAAGUUCUGGUGGUUUUACAUCAAAUUGGGAGAGGGUUUUGUACAUACGACACUUUCUACAAGAAAGUUUAAAAACUUUGCUCGAGACUGAUAUUAAAUUUUGUCAAGCUGAGAAUGUUGAACAACAUUUUUGGAAAAUACUUUUUUAUAAUAUGAUCGAAAUGCUGCGAAAAGGCAUGCCUAAAGAAAGUUCUGAAGGUCGAGAACAUUAUAAAAAAAUUAUGUUAAAAAUUAUCGAUGAUGGUACCGUAUAUUUAGAGAGUUUGUUGACUGUUCUUGAAACGAAAUACGAAUUUAAAUUGGAUACAUUUCUUGCAUCGUCGACUUUGCCUAAGGGUCUUGGGAUCUUAGGUUUAGCCUUAGUAAGUGCGCAAAAAAUAUAUCUAUUUUUGGGUGAUUUGGCGAGAUAUAGAGAACAGGCAAAUGAAACAAAUAAUUAUGGAAAGUCUCGGCAGUGGUAUUUGAAAGCACAACAACUUAAUCCAAAGAAUGGAAGGCCUUACAACCAGCUUGCAUUACUAGCACAUUAUGCUAGGCGAAAGUUGGAUGCGGUGUAUUAUUAUAUGCGAUCUCUUAUGGCAUCUAAUCCUUUCCAUUCUGCAAGGGAGAGUUUAAUAGCACUUUUUGAUGAAAACAGGAAGAAGUAUCUACAUUAUUAUGAAUCGACGGAACGGAAACGGAAAGAGGAGAGAGAAUGGAAAGAACGAGCCAGGAUGAAAGAGAAAGAGGGUGCGAACAACAUUGGCGGAGGGCUAAGAAGAGAAAUUUGGAUUCAUCCUGGUGGAAGACGAGUUCAUCGUACAACUACUGCAGCCACUGCCAACGAAGCGAGAUUAUCUCAUAGCGAUUUAGAAGAAUUGGCACAAUUAAGCAGCGUUGAGGUAAAUAAACGGUUCGUCACAUCUUACCUUCACGUACAUGGAAAGCUGAUCAAUAAGAUAGGAAUGGAGACGUUCCAAGAAGCUGGUGUUCAGAUGUUAAAGGAGUUCAGGGCGCUUCUUCAGCAUUCGCCGCUGCCUCUUCCGGGGACGCGACUUCUUCAGCUUCUGGCGUUGAACAUGUUCGCGAUCGAGUCGACGCAGUUGAAGGAUUCCCAAAUGGAGCAAGGGUACCGGUCCGAGGUCCAAGAAAGGGCACUGGUUGUAUCCUUGCAGAUGUUCAAUCUGAUUUUAGAACGUGGCGUGUCCUUGCUCAAGUCUCAGUUGGACUGCGGCGAGGAGUCGAGGAUGGUUGUUAGCGAGGACAUGCAAGUCCUUUUACCAGCUAUCAAGAUCUGGUGCGACUGGAUGCUUUGUCACAGCACCGUUUGGAAUCCACCACCAUCUUGCACGGACUACAGAGUUGGCCCACCUGGAGACGCCUGGAGCAGGCUGGCCAUGAUGGUGAACCUACUGGAAAAAUUGAAUUACUCCAGAACGAUUCUUAUCCAGGCCAAGGACGUGGAGGAUCGAGAAGACGAACUUGAAUUGGUAAAACUGCCGGAAGAUAUGACCUUGGCAGGAUUCACGCCGCUGAUGUCGAAUCCGCAAGAUCCUUGCUACGCCGAAAAAACCGAAGAUAUGGAAGUUGCUCAAGUGUGCCUCAGGAUAAACAAGAUUCUGUUCUUCGGCCAAGUGUUCCUGUGCGGCCUCGAGACGCCGGUAUUAAAGUUGCAGAAGAGCGAAACUGGCAUUAGCGAGUACGUCUCCGUGGUGGAGGCAUCGAGCACGAGCACGCCGAGUUCACCACCAGAGCAGAGCGACUCGGAGCUCCUGGUGGAAAGUUACAGCGAGGGUGAAGACGAGCCAGUUUCCACCCUCAAGAGAUUACCCUCGUGCACAGACGUACCUGACGAUAGCAUCGCGCCCGUAGCCGCAGUCGAGAUAAGGUCCUUGAUCGAGAGAAAAGAAGAAUUGGAGAGGCGGCAGCGGAAACAGGAUCGUCAUAGACAGCGAGUGCAGCAAAUCUUGCAAAAGUCUUCAGUUUCGGUGGAAAUCGAAGUGAGACCUAGACAAUUGGUGCCGGAUACUAAUUGCUUUAUCGACUAUCUACCGCAGUUACAAAAUAUCGCAAAAGCGAUUGCUGGCGCUCAACCGAUUUACACUCUUAUGGUGCCACUUGUAGUUCUGAACGAGCUCGAGGGCCUGGCAAGGGGUGCGGACGCUAGAGACUGUCCUCCAGCUUCGAGGGCGACUCUGGAUCCAGAACACGUGGCCAGGGUGGCUGAGAGCGCGAAAGUAGCUCUGGCUUUCGCGAGAAGCAGAAAUCCGGCUAUUCGGUGCUUAACCACCAGAGGAACUGUGCUGACGUCCAGCACGUUUACAGUAGAAGAGGAUGUUGACAAGGACGGGUUGACAAGAAACGAUGACAGAAUACUGGCUACGUGCUUGAGCCUCUGCAAGGCGGGUAACAAAGAUCAAGUAAAUGCAGAAGAAGGUCAACCACGACGACUCAGGAGGGAAGUUGUCCUACUAACGGAUGACAGGAACUUGAGGGUGAAGGCGCUAGCAAGGGAUGUUCCCGUAAGAGAGGUGCCCGAUUUUAUGCAAUGGGCCGGCCUUGGUUGAGACGCUUUUCCGACCAAACAUACCCGCUAACGAAAAAUCUUCCGUUACCACCCCCGCCGAGUAAACUUGAACAACAGCAGCAGCAGAAAUAGCAGCAGCAACCAUCAACAGCAACAGCAGCAGCAAGACAAAGAAAAGGAAAGAAAGCGUGGAAGAAAGAGCAUGGAGGAAAAAAGGGGAAACAAAGAAAAGAGGAUAUCUCGCAUCGUGCUCCCUCAAUCGUGGCCGAUCAGCCGUCGCGCGCGUGCGACGGAUCUUCCGUUCCCACACGUAAGUUCGUUCUGAUUGUCGAGGUCGUGCCUAUACCCGCGGUGAUGCAUUCAUCGUGUCGGCGAGGAUGUCAAAGAGAUCGGCAAAGAAUGUGUGCGUGUAUAUGAGAGAGUGAGUAUGAGUGACUGAGUGAGUGGGUAAGUGAGUGAGCGAGUGAGUGAGUGAAGGAGCGAGCGAGUGAGAGUGAGAAUGAGAGUGAGAGUAAGUGAGUGAGUGAGUGUAUUAGUGAGAGAAAGAGAGAGAGAGAGAGAGAGAGAGAGAGAGAGAGAGAGAGAGAGAGAGAAUAUGACUGGUCAUUUUCCAUGGUGACAUUGCUCGAUGUAGAUCGAGUUUUUAGGAGCGACCGAGACUAGGAGACACACAGGGAGAACGGUAGUUUAUUUCUAGUAGGAUCAGAAAUAGAGGGAUAAGAGAGAGGGAAAUAGAUAUAAUUAGAUAGAAACGACGAUGCGUGAUCGCGACGCUUUCCAUCGUUGAUUUCUUUUUCUUUUUUCCUUGUUUUUAAUAUAUUAUAUUUAAUAGCUAUAUUUACGGAAAUAUAGAUUUCUGUUUUCUUGAACACGAUUAACAGCUACUAUCUACUUUCUUACACGUAAGGAGAAAGGGGGAUGUAAAGCGGCGCGAGAACGUUGAUAGUUGAAUCGUAUCGGGGCAAAGUAAUUUGUCCGAGAACGAAGACAGGAAAGUAUGCCACUCGAUCUGAGUGACGCGUACGAGAAAAUAAAGCAAGAAAAUGAAUGAAGCGAGAAAUGAAACGAAACGAGACGAGACGAGACGAGAGGGGUCGAUAUUUUUUACACUCGUGAAUAUCUUUUUUGGUUGAUUUUUAUCGAUGACGACCGCUCUGCGGCCGUCUUCAUUUUUCUCUACCUUUUAUCAUGUUUGUAACGGUCUAUACACGCGUAUAUAUGCAUAUAUAUAUGUAUAUUUGUACGCACUUUUGAAUAUUGUAUACACCGUAUGCGGUCGUUGGAGGAUGCGUUCGGAAUCCGCGUACAUCCCGCCCCGCGUGUGUGUCGCUUGUCUUUCUUUUUCUUCUCUUUUCUUAUGCUGUCCUUUUUAGCAAGCUCCCUCCCUCGUACCGGAUCGUUCUGGAAUUAAUUUUCUCUCUUUCUUCUCUUUUCUGUUUUUCCUCUCCCUUUCGGCUGUCCCUUCGUUUCUUUUCCUACUCUUUUUCUUUCUCGUUGUACGCGUAACGAAAAAGUUAUCCUUGCACGCCGUAUAUUAUUCUUAUUUUUUUUUUUUAUGCAAUUUUCGAUAUUUGUAUCGUACUUUUUCACUUUUCUUCACUUUUUUCUUUAACGAUUCCAUGGUUUUUUCGUACGAUUUCGAUGCCUUUAUUUUUACUCGUUGUUAGCUUCUUUUUCCUUUUUACGAGUCUCGUAACGCCUUAUGGACUUUAUCGAAGCUUUUCCGGGCAUAACUUCCAUUGUAAUCUCGAGCAGAGAAAAAUGUGUUUGAUAUAUAUAUAUAUAUAUAUCUAUAUGUAUAUCAGUUUACCGAAGAUAUUCUCUAUCUUUCGUAUUAAUAUUUUUCAAUUAAUUACUUUGUUAAUAUUGAUUUUGAAAAGCCACUGCGAACUAACUUAAUUACUAACAUAUUUUCUUUGCAAAUAUUCGUUAAUCGUCAAAAUAAAGAAGAGCGAUGUUUCGCUUAGUGUUCAAUUACACAGAAUUCAAAUACUUGGACACGAAGUAAAAUUUUGUUCAUGUAAACUACUAUACAUGCUUGUCCAUUCAAUCUAUCAUAGCUGAAUCUAGCGCACCUGUGGUCCGUAAGGCAUUACGAGAAGAAUUUUAAUUUUUUUUUUUAUAUAACAAUUUACGCGCUCGAUGUUGGCGCAGCGAGAACGAGUGCGAUUUUUACAACACAAAAAAGGUGACCGUGUUUUAAGCCGAAUAUAAUCACGAGGGACGCUCCCCAUUUGCAUUCCCACGAAAACAAAGUUUUCCAGAGUGACGGCGUAGAGGUCCCGAAUCCUUGUCGUUUUCCAGCGACUGCUCGCGUGUCAUUGUCGAGAAUGUCAUGUGAAUUUUUUAAUCGAGACAAUUUGCUCGCGUCAAAAUGCCACAGACACGAAAUUGAAACGUCAUUUGUUUCGUUUAUAACCGCCGUCAAAGACGGUUCCUUCUGUUGGCGGAUGCCAUUUUGUCAACUAACUUUGUUACCAUUUCCGUGUGCCAAUGAAUUCGUGAAAUUUUGUCAGGGGAAUCAAGAAUGUUAAUUUGUAAAUUAAAUGGAUUUUGUUUUGUUGGAUUAAAUGGUAUUACUUUUUUGAUUAAAUGCUCAUCAUUUUGCUCAUCAAUACUGCUGCGGUGUUAAAAUUUUUACGCUCCAAUCUUGUUUUUGAUUUAAGUAUCAAAAAUGUCCUUAAUAUUUUAUGAACUUUGGCAUAAAAUAAAAACUUGAAUCUUUCGUGGUUUCUUCAAGUUUAGAAAAUUUCUUGAGCUUCAAUUGAAAAUUACUUAAAGGGAGUAGCAAAUAAUAUAAUAUAAAAGAUUUUUUUUCAAAUUUGUAUUUCGUGAAUCAACGAGAUAUUUGAUUAAUUUAGAAAUAUUAUUCGUUGAUCAAGUAAAUGCCAUUGUUUAUUUUGUCAGACGAAUGAUUACAUUAUUUUAUAAACUAAUUUAUAAUGUAUUUGAAUAAAUGUAGUAUAAGAAUAAUAUACCUAACAGCGCUUAACAAGAUUUAAUAAUUUGAUCGACAGAGUGGUUGUUAUUUUAUCAACGAAGUAAAUAUCAUUUAAUAAAGCAAUAUUAUGUAAUUUUUUUGAAAACGUAAACUAUAUCAAGUUAUCCGUAUUAUUAAUAUCAGUGAAACUCGAAUUAUUUUGUUAUCAAAGUUGGCAUUGUCUUACUCUUUAGACGGAAAUGGCGUCCUUUCAUUCCAUCAAGAUCACGUAUACGUGGAGCAAUGAGCCGUUUAUUAAUUUAAUUUGACAAAGUCAAAGAUUGUAAUUAUGAAAUUAUAACGCCGAUAAUCUUACGGGAAAUGAAAUAUCUUAAUAUUUAAAUCGCAAAAAAAUUAAUAGAAUGUAAACGGUAGAUUUGAUCAGUAGGUUUCGCCACUCUUUUAUGACACACGAAUCUACAUCAUGUUUUUUUUUUUUUUACUAUCUUUACUCAUUUCUACCGUCUUAAAUGAUGAAUUAAUCUCAUAGAAAUUUAAUGGACCGAGUAAAUUGUUAAAACAUCGGUAAAACAUAUUAUAAAUCUAAAUUAUGUUUAAAUUUAUAUGUGUGUAUAUACAUAUAUAUACAUAAAAAGGCCAAGGUAAAAAAAGGUAAAAAAAGAAGAAAGAAAGAGAAACUAUUAAUCACACGUGAAAUAGUUAAAAUGAUCUUAUAGCGUUGCAAAGGGUCAUCUUAAAUCGUACAUCAGCAUAACAAAUUAAUAUCAAUAUUUGACAGUUCUGCAAGACAUAAAAAUGUAAAAUCAUCGAUCAAAGGAGAAACUAUCGAUCGUAACGUUGCAUCGUGAUCCACCGUACGUGAGCGGAUAUAAAUCGAACAGAAGGAAAAGAAUAUUUACGUGUACAUGAACAAAGCAGAAAGCAACGGAAGGAAAUGUAGAGGAAACACUGAUACGUGUAUACGGGCUUGCACUUUUUCUUCUUGCCUGUGUCGACAAACUUUCAGAGCACUCAAACGGUAUAGAGAUUAGAAGAAAUAGCAGAAAUCUAUUGUGGCAUGUAGUCGUUGAUUUCGGGAGGUCUUGAAUGUCCUAACACGAUCCUAUGACUUUUGCUCGAUUGCAUAUCAAUGAUUAACCCCUUGCGGGAGAUUAAGCUUAUAGAAAAAAAACAUAUAAUAAAUAAAUAUAUACAUAUACAUAUAUAUAUAUAUAUAUCUAUACAUAGAAAGAAAUAUUGUACAGUGAUAAAAAUUUAAAGUUCUUAUAGUAUUCAUCAAGAAUAAGUAUACAAUUCUUAAUCCAUAUAGAAUUUAGAAAGUCUAUAUUUUUUGUAGUAAAAUGUAAUUUUGUAUUUGCUAAUAUGCAAUAACUGAAAAGUAACAUACAUAUCUAUCCAUUGCAUCUUAAAACUUAUAUAUUUGAUAUAGUUUCCAUUAAUUAUUAUUUCCUAUGGAUGAGGCAAAUUGUAAUACUAUAAAAUUAAUUAUCCUUGCAAAAUAUACAUACAAAAUCACAUUUUACACUAAAGGUAUCGGCUUUUCAAUUUAAGUUAAUCAAACAUUUUUUUUAUUCCAUCUGAUACUAUAUAAGUCUGCAAACUCUUAAUUCCUUUUCUAAUAGCACUCUGUAUAUUUGUCGCGAUUUUUCAUGUGAUAGAAAUUUUCAUCGCUAGGUCACCAAUGUCUACGAUACUUCUCUACAGUACACGCUGUAUUUAUUUUUCUAGAACACACUCGCAAUUCGAAAGAAUCUAUAAUCAUCGUAAAUGUGUACAUUAAAUGAGGAAUCGUGAGUAAUUUAUACACACAUACAUAGAAAAUGAUCGACCACAAAGGGUUAAUCGACUCGAAUCGAACGCGUCUAAAAUGUAUUUUAGGAUUCGGUACGAUCGAGAUCACGAACAUUCCGAAUAGAAAGAUUGAUAUCGAACCGGUUGAACAUGUUGAUCGUGAAUAAUUUUGGUAUCGUGAUGUUUUUCCACGGAAUUCGAUGAUCAUGUCAUGGUGGGACGAUCGCACGCGACGUGAUGAAUCGGGAAAUUAUCGUUUAACUUUGUUCCGAUUUGUUACUUGGAUGAGACUCGUCCGUUUAUUGUUAUUUACCGAACUUGCGUUUUUUUAAACUGAUUUCAUUAGUAAAUUAUUCGUUGAUAUAUUGAUUCUCGGUCAUUGUUACCGAGUAGAACAAUUGAUAAUGAAUUUUUUAAUGAAUUUUUUAAUAUAUAAGAUAAAUAUCGUCCUUCAAACGUACAGACUUUUAAAUAAAAAAAAUCUGUUCAAAGAUUUCUUUAACUACAUGUGUAUUUAGAGAAGUUUUUCAGGCCCUAUAUGGCCUUAUCUCCAACAUUGUUCUAAACUGUUUCAUAAAAAUAAAAGGAAACAAAAAAUGGCGAUGAUAAUUGAGAGUCAGCAAAGUAAUCGAGAACAAUUGUAUCCGUUCGUAUUUAACGUUUUAGCCGCCACAAUUCAUAUGUAUUAAUCCUUGAGAAUGAAGGAGAGAGGAUGAGAGAGAGAGAAUGAAUGAAUGGAUGAAAUUGAUAAGCAAGGGACCGUGAGAGAUGAGAAUGCGACGUGUCCUAUUUUUCGAUGAAAACUCUAGUUACUUAACGAUCCAUAGCGAUUAAUUCUGCAAGAAGAGAGUGAGUGCAAGGAAACGAGUGAAAGAGAAAGCGAUCAAGAGACACGAAGAGGAAAAAUAAGAGCAUUCGUAAUCGACAGGAACUCCUCUUGAUCGUAUCUUUUCGACUGGUUCACUUUUCUUUUUUCUUUUUAAGAUAGUUGUACACAUCGUCGUUAUUAAUGUUACUCUUUUCCUCUUUUCAUCAUGUAGAACGUAUGCAUUAAAUGGUAGAGACGAUCAGCUCGGUGCUGCACCAUUUUCAAAGCUUCUUUAAAAACUGUUAACACAAUUAUCCUUUGACACUAGAAAUACCACCAUGGUUGAAGAAUAAUUUGUUAUUGUCUUAGAUAAAAUACGUAUUUCUAAACUUUCAUUAUUCUAGCCCUUAUCUCUAGUUACUGUGCAAUAUGAACAUUUUGUCAAUAUCUAUCUCUAUUGAUGUAAAACAGCAAAGUUACAAGUAAACUAUUCUGCUUCGUAUUUUAUUACGAAUUAUAAUCCUUUUAUCAUAUUUUAUUGUUUUGGCAAAAAAGUUGGAAACCAGCUAAAAAAUAAACUAAAACUGCAGACACUAUUACGAGUUAAAACACCUUCAGUGACAAAAAAAAAGAAAAAAAGAAAAAAAACAACAAAAGCACAAAAUUUACGAAUAGUUAUACUUGUCAGUGGGAACAAUAGCUCUCACAAUUCUGUUCAUUAGUGAAACUUUAUUGGUCUUUCUAGCGUUAAUGGCGAUAAACAGAAUCAGUCAAACUGUCCUACCACCGAUUGUAAUCAUUAUAUCACGUUGAUUCCUCCGCAAUAGCCGAAUAGUGCAAUAACAGGUGGCAAACUGGUAACGUUUCCGGUCGAUCCUCGCGAGUCCUUGGUGUUGUGAUCGACGAAUUCGAUUCGACCAACUGGAUAGUCGAAUAUCUACAUAUACUGCAAAAAUUAUAAGAAAUUUUAUCUAGAAAAUUUCAAAUCGUUUCUUCGACACAUCGACGAAGAUGAAGUUACAUAAAAGAAAAGAAAAGAAAAAGAAAAAAAAAAGAAAAAAAAAUGCUCGUUUCAGUUGAGAGAUCUUUUUGAUGGAUAGAUUGAAACGCGCGUUUUCUUUUUAUCGCAUCGUAUAUCGAUUGUUGCAUUCUUACAAAUGUAAAGCUGCCGAAUCCCACAGCGUCACUGAUGCAAAAUCGCGUGGACAUCGCAUCGCUCCAGACGAGCUCAAUGCUCGUUGAAUCGUGCGUCGAAUAAAUUCAAAAAAUUUGCCGCGACUUUUCCUUUGGCAAAUGUCGAGGAACGCAGCGUGUCGAACCUCUGCAACUUGCCGUCAGUUCCUUUGCUUCUCGAGAUGCGCCGACGCCAAGCUCAAGAACGUCUUAAAGCGUCUAUUUUUCUACUGUAUCUCUUCUGCAAUUAAAGUCACGGCGUCCUUUAAUCUUGCUGUGUUCCGUGGGUCAUUUUCGAUCGGAUCGUAUCUUUUAUCACCAGAAAAUUUCUUAAAUUUGAGGAAAUUAUAGGGCAAUCGUUCCUGAUUUCUCGUUUGAAUCGUAUGUUAAUGAUUUUUUUCGAAAAGACUGAAGGAUCGCAGUAGGGUUAAUUACGAGCGGUUAUCGGAUAACAUUCGCAAUAAAGUAACUGUGUUUUCUGUUAAAGCCGAAAUUUUACAUUCCAUUCAGCCACCACGUCAAGCUUUCUUGGUGAGAAUGACAUUUCUUUGUAUCAGCUUGCGGAGGAUCGAGAUCUUUUGUUUCCUUCUUUUUCUUUUCCUUGAUUGAUUUUACUGGCUGGCUGUAAAAAUUUGGUGAGAUUUAAAGAAGAAAAGAGAAGGAGGAAGAGUGGAGAGAUAGACGAUGGUUAGAGACAAGUGGAAAUAGACUUAAAUAUGGCGUCGACGAAUACGACCGAUCUGUGCAACUUGUUGACGUCGCGAUUUUUAUGGCACGUUUUAUACUCGUGCCGAAAGCUGUGGUCUCUAUCCCAUCCCGGGACUAUUUACACCAUAAGUGUACCUAUGAAUGCAUAUAAGAUAUACGUUAUAUAUAAAAUACGAAUACACGCGAACAAAAAUAUUACACACCACUGGCCAUCGAUUUUAAUUCAAGAUUGUCGCAAUACCAAUUAUAUGCGUAUAGUAAUUAAAUAUGUAAAAGAACGGUGUUAAAUGGUACGUUUAUAUUUUGACUCGGAAAGAGGAUUUUCUUUUUUCUUUUUGAAUAAUGUGACGAAUAAUUGUCGAUGAUAACAGUGAUUAUGGCGAUGAUAAGAAUGACGACGACGACGAUGAUGAUAAUCACUACGAUGCAGCGGUAGAAUUUUUAGGCUAAUCAUUUAUUACACUUAUGAAAAAUGUCACUACUAUAGUGUUACCACUUUGAUUAUUCAAUAAAACGCGAAGUUGACGGAAUCGCUGUUACAUA